GAAUGUAAUAAACCGGAAGCUUUGUAGUCUCAUGCCUCGUUUUAGUAGUUAACUGGAAACAAUUUGUCUGCUAGUAGUCCAGUAAUACAAGUUCGUGAGUUCACAAUCCAUUGAGCAACAAGGGGUGGAACCAUCGUUAAUUAAUAAGACUGGAAAAUUGGAACAGGUUCCACAAAAGAAGAAAUGAACGUUGGCAGAAUGCAAGUAGAAACUUGUGUGUUCCAUUCCGACCCUGUGCUUUUCAAGACAGCAGUUCGCGACUUGCAGCGCAGCGGAAUUAUCCGACGAGCUCAGGCCCCUUCGGUGCCGAUGGCGGUGUGCUCCUGUCGGAAGAAAGCUACAUUUUGCCAAAACCUGACAACGGACCAAAUCUGGAAUGCAGCUGAUCACGUGAUCGCAGAGCUGGACCAGAAAUUGUCCAAGCUAACGACAACGACCAACGACCUCAUCACGUCGUCCGCCAACAUCGCCCGUCGCACACACAGUGUGACGUCAUACGCUCGUUUCGUUGUCGUCAUCAGUCAAGCUCUUUUGGGGGACGUCACUCUUGUAUCAGAAGAGCGACGCCGGUCUCCGAAAACAAGAACAAGCAGACCAACGCAUCGACUUGCGCUGAAUAUAGUCAAAAGAAUCAUAGACAAAAAGAAGCAGCGGUGUCCAAUACAGACCAAGUUCUGUUUACCCUUGUUUGGGGGCAUGACAAGCGUCCUUUUCAGACAACCACAGAUCGGUUUCAAUUUUUCCCGACUUUGUGUGAGCCAUGCCUGUGUACUAGAGAUGGACUCGGCGGCGACUGCUGAGUACAUGAGGCUGAAUAAGCAGACGACAGUCGUGAGCGCCUGGUUUUCCGACACUAAAGUCAUGGACGUAGUGAGGCGAAAACUUACGGCGUGCUCGCUGGCCGUGAAGAAAGUCUACAUCCAGAGGCCGAGAGCUGUCAAGUGUUACCGGAAUCAGCUGUCAGAUGACUUUGCAUCCCUGGACUUAAAGAGCAUACUCAGAGGAAACUUCCAACAGAAAGACACCGGCAGAGAGCGAGAAAACCGCAGGCUUGCAACCAACGCCCCGAAAACCAAUUACACGCAAGGACGGUUCUACAUAUACAGACGGCCAUUGUCUGUACUGUCUGAUCCCCUUCACACUCAGAGAAAGCGUUUGCCAGGAGUCUUCGAGCUGCCGUCACCACCCCGGGUACAUCAACAAGGGGACAUGGACGUGUUGUGGCGAAGUAGCAGCGUCAUCACAACCGACGCAUGACGACCACAGCAAGGACGGAUGUGCCAUGGGGCGUCAUUUGUGGAGACCACACAAGACCAAAGCGCGCGGCUACAAAGCCCAGAAGCCCAAAAUGUACUGCAAAUAUUUCAGACAGUAUAAAACACGAAUGUGAUUGGUGUCCCCCCAGCUGUGGCAAGGAAGGGGGUGGAGAUUGGUAAAGUCCUGGCUUCUAAAGGAUGCGAGUAUUGGUGCGGAAUAUGUUCAAUAACUAUUGAAGUGGUUGGUGAUGUUGCUGUGUGGAAUCUGUGUAGAGAAAUCGAGAGAAGCAGUAGUCCUCCAUCCGUCGCGCACACAUUGAGUAUCAGAUGGACCCGCCUUUUAUCAUUUGGAAGCAAUACAAGCACAGUUUCGUUGAAGGGGAGAGAAAACACUUUGAAAUAUUUUAAUAUGUUUAUUCUCUGAUAUUUAUGGUUUAAAAAUCAACGUGAAAUAUUUUUAUUCAGUUACAUGGGUUGAGAGAGAGAGAGGUAGAGCAAUGUGUGAUGGAGAGCAUGUAGGUAGAAAAGCAAAUAGUUUGUAUUCAGGUACCUUUGUAUACAUGCAUGUAUCAUUGUAUCAAUAAGUAAAACGAACAAUAAAUAAGUAAACUAAUUAAUGGAGUGGAUUGAUUCUUUAUGUGUUCCGACACAUAACUCACUGUGUAUGUGUGUGUGUGAGAGACAGAAAAAAAUUGACAGCAACAAACACGGCACUCUUAUUUACAACAAACAUAACAAAAUGUAUGUAAUCUAUGUAAUACACAAUAUAUGAUUUCCUAAAAUAAAUAAUCUAAAAUAAAAAUCAUCCCCACCUAACAAAAAACAUAAUAUGACACAAAACUCGUCUUAGACGAUUCUGUAAAGUGAGAGAAUGGUUACAUAACACUGUAAAUAAAUGUUUCCAUUCUCUAUCACCUUUGAAUCAGAAAAAAAUAUCAUCUGAAGCAAAACAGAAAACCUUUUCCGAAGCUGGAAAUAACAUCACCAAGGCAGGAUUGUAUAUUAAUUCACCCAACAUGAAAGACAUGAUAAAGAUCGCAGAUCAUCACUGGCAUCUGGAAAACACACACACACAUACACACAUUCUACCGAAGCUCGGGGAUAGGCACGCACACAAGCACACACGCGAACACUUAGUCAUAUUUUAUCUUUAAUUUGCUGGUUGUUGUACAAUAGCCACACAUCACUAGUAGCUCAGACAGGAUCAUCAUGACUCCAGCAAGGCAUACAUUACAUAACAAUCACUUGCUUUAGUGACUAUCAAUAAAAAGCAAGAAAAAAAAUGACAAUAAUAUAUUUCAGAGCUGUUUUCAUUCAAGUCUCUUCCUUCACCCCUAAUUUACCACCGCUGAGCUAAUGAAGCUAACUCGGUACUUUUUAAAAUAAACUGUGCUAAACAGGAAUAUUUUGUUGUUUCUUCCACGCUGAAUGGGUGAUUUUGUUUUGUUUUUUUCUUAUUGUACUAAAUAGGUACUUCUCUUUCUAGAUUAUGUAGUUCA